AUGUUGGAGAAGACGUGGAACCGAGUGUUCAACAAGCACUGCUCACAAUUUUGGAAGGAACUUGAGUGUGUACAGAUUGUUAACGUCCCUAAGAAAGGAGCUAGAAAGCAUCCUCGUAGCGAUCACACCCAGAUUGAUACGAAAGAAAUCCUUUUUAUAUGCGGGGGAGCUUUUGUGGAUCUGAAGAAAACGAUUGCAGAGAGGAGACAAGAUUCGUCUAUCGGUUUUGGGGCACCAGUGCGAGCCAAUAUAAGAAACAACGGUGGUACAACCAGUGCGACGGUUGCUUCAUCCUUGCUUGAAAAGGACGAGAGCAGUGAUCUCAUUUCAUAUGGAUUGAUACCAGAGUUUAUUGGACGCUUUCCAGUGAUUGUGAGCCUUUGUGCUUUGAACGAGGAUCAAAUGACUUAUAUUUUACAGCAUAACCUUUGCAAGCGGGCAGGUUCUCAUGACGCGUAAGAACGCAUUGGGGAAACAGUACACCAAGCUCUUUGCAGUGAACGACGUAAGAGAUGUCUCAAAACCAACUCAAGAUUGAUCAUGGCUUGUUCCAAUUGGAAUCAAGAUGAGA